AUGUCGCUCACACUGAAAAUUGCCUCUCUUGCCGUUCGAACACUUGCGAAGCCUAUAGCUACCCAAAUAAAACGCAAUGCCCACGAGCACGAACGAUUCCGCGGCUACUGCGUGAGGUUCGCACAGCGUCUCCACAGGUUCGACAUGCGGAUGCGACUCGGCCUUCUCCAAGACCCUGCCGUCAUCGACCGCCAGGUAGCUAAGGAAAUCAAGGCUGCCGAAGCCGCGCGGAAGAAACUAGAUCAGACGCCAACAGUGAAAACAGAGGCAGAGACGGUCGCGGAAGAAGCAAUGACAGAAAAGGAAAAAGAAGCCGCGAGGAAGAAGAUCGAGGCAGAGGCAAAGGCAGCGAUCGAAGCAGCGACCAGACGACGUCCCCUUUCCGAAACGAAGGCGAUCGAAAUGGGCGCAAAUUUUGUAGCCGAGGCCUUCAUAUUCGCUGUAGGAAUCAGCGUUAUAGUGUUCGAGCAGUGGAGGCAGAGAAGAAAGGCGAGGAACCAGCGCGACGACAUUCGCGAAGACGUAGAAGAGCUGAAGGAAGAGUUCAAGAGUGUCAGGGAAGAAUUGGCGGAGCUGAAAUCAUAUCAUUCUGAACCGAGCUCGACAAGCUUGCUCCCUAAGUUCUUGACAGGAAAGAGCGAACCCCAGAAGCCGACCGAA